AUGUCUGAAGAACAUACCCCAUCAACAGAGGGUGCUUCCUACCCUGAGCAAAUACUAGAAUCAGCAAGAAGAAACAAUACCGAGCUCUUGCUUCAAAUCAAGUCGGAAUUGAAUAAUGAUCAAAAGAAACUUUCACAAUUGAUCAACGAUACUCAUGAAGUUAUAACGAACAACACUCCAUUACAUAUUGCAUGUCAUUUGGGUAACUGGGAAUUUAUAGAUAUAGUGUUGGAUAUCGAAGGGGUGGAAAUUGAUCCGCAGAAUAGAGCGCAAGAAACACCAUUACAUCUUGCAGUAAAGUAUACAGUAGACGAGCCUGAACAUGGAUAUUUCAUUGUUGAUAAUUUGUUGGAUGCUGGAUCCGAUCCAAGAAUCAAAGACAAGGACGGUUUGAGACCAAGGGACUAUGUAAAUAAGGAUAAUGAGAAGUUGUUGCAAUUAUUGGAGAGUGCCGAAUAUGCUAUAUCGAUGGAGGACACUGAUCAAGAACGAUUGGCUGCAUUUGAAAAGGAGCAAGAGGCAGAAGACGGAUCAGCAUCGGAGUCAGAAUCAGACUAA